AUGCUUCCGCAGUUCAAAUCCCUUCUCGUUCCCCUUCUGCUCGUAGUCUUCUUCACCGGCACAAUGGCUCAGGAUAUCCUUGAAAGGUGAGUGUUUAACAUACCGUGUAGCUUAUUUAUAAAUUAUCGAGAUUACAAAAAUUGAGGCAGUGUUACCCUUCCUUUUCAGCUAUUACAAACGGGCACCCAUGGACAGAGCAUCGAUGGUGAGGUUCGGAAAAAGAGCCCCGAUGGAUAGAGCGUCUAUGGUCAGAUUUGGAAAACGGGACAGCGAUGACUUUGAGUAGGUUUACUCUCUUCGGCAUAUUUAACCCUUUCCGGACGAGUCGGCACGUAUAUAUUAAAAUGAAAGAGGGUACCCUACUGAGUAACGGCAUAAUAGUGGUUCAGCCCAUCGAAGCGUUAUUUGGGACUUAUGACAAAAAAUGUCCUUAAAAGUACCCCCACUUGACAUAUCACUUUUAAAAUUUUUGCGACAAGCUGUAAAUCGGAAACUACCCCUAAAUUAAAGUCGAGGAGUCCUAGUAUUGUUACAUCCAAGAACUGUCCAAAUCGGAGCACUAUAGGAUUUGUUAUCGAUUUUUGGAAAUUGAAUUUUUAAUUUUGGUCAAUUUUGGGCCUAAAAUCAAGUAUAUCUUCCGCCGGUAUCAACCAUUUCGGUCCAAACGUGGUUUUUCCGAAUCUAUUGUGAUCCUACCUUCUUACUAGAACAUUUCCACAAAAAACCUAUGAGGCAUAUUUCUGUAAAACGCGGAAAUGUUGAAAGUGUAAAGGUUUGAUCGUAUAAAAUGUCGCCGCGAGCCGCGAAGGGACGGGCGCAGCUCGAAACGAGAAAAUAAUAAUUUUUUCUUCAAGAAAUAUUAUUUUGGUGUCGAAAAGCUGAUUUCAACACGAAAUACAGGCAGAAAUAGCACGCAAACAUUACCUAAAUGCCAUUUUUAUAUUUUUACUCUGUUUUCAGGCAAUUUCAAUCGAGUUUAAUUUGGUUUCACGCUAAAAUCAAACUUCUGGAAAAAUUUUAAAAUAUUUUCUCGUUUCGAGCUGCGCCCGUCCCUCCGCGGCUCGCGGCGACAUUUUAUACGAUCAAACCUUUACACUUUCAACAUUUCCGCGUUUUACAGAAAUAUGCCUCAUAGGUUUUUUGUGGAAAUGUUCUAGUAAGAAGGUAGGAUCACAAUAGAUUCGGAAAAACCACGUUUGGACCGAAAUGGUUGAUUCCGGCGGAAGAUAUACUUGAUUUUAGGUCCAAAAUUGACCAAAAUUAAAAAUUCAAUUUCCAAAAAUCGAUAACAAAUCCUAUGGUGCUCCGAUUUGGACAGUUCUUGGAUGUAACAAUACUAAGACUCCUCGACUUUAAUUUAUGAGUAGUUUCCGUUUUACAGCUUGUCGCAAAAAUUUUAAAAGUGAUAUGUCAAGUAGGGGUACUUUUUAGGACAUUUUUUGUCAUAAGUCCCAAAUAACGCUUCGAUGGGCUGAACCACUAUUAUGCCGUUACUCAGUAGGGUACCCUCUUUCAUUUUAAUAUAUACGUGCCGACUCGUCCGGAAAGGGUUAAUUGAAACUCCUCUCACACUUAUUGUUAGUACAAAAACUUUUAGGCUUGAAAAGAGGGCACCAAUGGACCGAGCAUCGAUGGUUCGAUUCGGCAAGAGGGCGCCGAUGGACAGAGCAUCAAUGGUGAGAUUUGGAAAAAGAGCACCCAUGGAUCGGGCGUCAAUGGUACGAUUCGGAAAACGGUCUGACUUCGAUGACAUUGAAUAUGUAAGUCAAAAUCUUGAAAUUAUUAUAUUGUGGCCCUAAAAAGAGUGAUUUACAACGAAUUCCAUUUUUAGUAG